CCCUUAGUGCAGGCUCUUCUCAAGUACAAGUGGAACAGCCUUGGACGAUACGUGUACUACUUUGCGCUUGGGGUAUAUCUGCUCUUCCUGUGCACCUUCACCAUGUACGUGACUCACACUCCGCCACCAUUCAACGUAUACGAUGAGACUCGCCAUGAGAUGCGUGACCUCACUGAACUCUUCGACAACGAGCAUGAAUGCCCACACGUGGUUGAUGAUAACCGACCGCCAUGGUUGUCUAUGUGCAGAUGGGUUGUGAUAGCUCUGGCCAUCGCACAGCUCAUUAAAGAGCUCUUCCAACUGAUUACCCGUCGACACCGUUACAUCUCCUUCGAAAACGCCAUUGAGUGUUUCAUUUACACGUCCGGCAAUUAUCUCAGUGAUGGACUUGUCACCCUGUUCGGAGAGCACCUGGUAUACGAAUGGUAA